AACACCUCACGGUUCACAGCCGGCGGCAGGACAGCACCUAGCUCUAGCACCAUGGGGUUCACUCGGUUCGUGGAGAUCGGGCGCGUGGUCCUUGUCAACUACGGCCCGGAUGAGGGCAAGCUGGCGGUGAUCCUCGACGUCGCCGACAACAACAAGGCUCUCAUUGAGGGCCCCGACACCGGGGUCCCCCGGCAACUGAUCCCCUUCAAGCGGUUGGCGCUGACCGACUUCAAGCUGCCCAUCCUGCGCAACGCCCGCAUCGGCACCAUCAAGGCCGCAGCCAAGGAGGCGGACUUGUACGCCAAGUGGGAAGCAUCUUCGUGGGCAAAGAAGAAGGCCAAGAAGGUCAAGCGCGCGCAAAUGACUGACUUUGACCGCUUCAAGGUCAUGGUCGCUCGCAAGCAGAAGAGCGCGAUCAUCGCGAAGAAGGUAGCCGAGCUCCAGGCUGCUGCUUGAAGCAAGCAGCGGAGUUUUUGCCGUCGCUGCUGUUUUGCGCGCGGACGGAGGAACCAAGCAAACGUUUGUAGAGAAGAGAAGGCGAGGAGAAGUUCGCGGGCGGGUGGGGCGGGAGGACCUUUUUUUGGGAAAGUCUCAAGCCGUACGUGAAGGUGCAAGAAGCCGAAGCUCUGGCGCCGUUGCCAUGCCGCUUCUGCUCGAGUUGAGGUUUCUCGUACCUUCGACGGUGCUUGUGCGGUAGCACGUAGUAGGCAGCUCUCGCGUACGCGAUUUGACGCCACUUGCUGCUGUUCGGUGUCGGCAUGACCGGUUUCCCUAGGGUGCCGCACAGGUCGUUUCGGUUCGUGUUGACGGCCGAUUCGUCUUAGCGCGUUUGCUUUUUUGGUGCUCUUCUCAUGGUGUGUGCUGCGCUACUUUCUUCGCCCAUUGCCACGGCUACAUAAAAAAAGAGUAGAAAACACAAAACAACUGGCGCCCUGCUGGUGUGUUACUGUUUCUCUGUAUUGCAACUUUAUUGCAAGCAAGAAGGUUUGUGCGCUCCCGGCGGCACGCUGAUGUUGAGCGUGCCUUCCCGUUAGUAUUCGGCUUGCUGUGGCGACUUUUGCCGCAAAGAAAGACGAAGGGGUAAUAAGGGCGCGUUCGUUGGGUUUCGCCCGUUUGCCUCCCUUCCCACCAUGCUUCACACGGAGACCUUAGAUUCUAUGUUUGCUUACCGCCCCGUGGUGUAUGGUCUAGUCAUGUACGCUUGGUGCCCAUAUCCACGGACAUGUGCUGAAGGUCCUUAUAUCUACGGGAGUUCAGUUUCUGCUGCGGCACCAUGAACACGAGCUGGAAGGCAAAUCUGUUACCCCGAUACGUACGUGUAAUCUGUCUGCGAGGACACUACAAUGUGCGGGGCACGUUCGUCGUCGCUGAACAGGGUGUCAGUAAACGAGGCCUAUCACGUACAAGACUUUUCCUGACGUCAUCAUUGGAAUAUUUUCGAUCGGCGGGU